CUCAGUAUUUUGCAAGCAUCAUGGUCAUUGUUGGUUUAUCUGUCGUAGUAACAGUCUUGGUGCUUCAGUGUCAUCAUCAUGACCCUCAAGCAGGAAAGAUGCCCCAGUGGGUCCGUGUCAUCUUGCUGAACUGGUGCGCUUGGUUUCUCAGAAUGAAAAAACCAGGGGAGAACAUCCGGCCUCUCUCUUGCCGAUACGGCCACUCAAGGCACCAGUCCAGUGUCAGCAGUGUAGAGAUGAACAUCUUACCAGGACACCAUUCUAGCAAUGGCAACAUGAUCUACAGCUACCAUGCCAUGGAAAAUCCCUUCUGCCCACAGAAUAAUGAGAUAGACACCAAAGGCGGAAAGGACCAGAGCUCUUUGCCUGAAGAUAAUGACAGCACUCAGAGAAAAGUUUUAAUGGACACCAUCCCAGUGAUUGUGAAAAUCCUGGAAGAAGUUCAGUUCAUUGCAGCCCGUUUCCGGAAACAGGAUGAAGGGGAAGAGGUCUGCAGCGAGUGGAAGUUCGCAGCUGCUGUCAUAGACAGAUUGUGCCUGGUGGCCUUUUCACUUUUUGCCAUCAUCUGCACGCUUACAAUUCUCAUGUCUGCUCCAAAUUUUAUUGAAGCUGUUACAAAAGAUUUUACAUAAGGCUCUCCAAGAUGAGUAGAAAAAUGCUCCAGUGUAAUUGGAAGUUAUGAAAUGGUGCCAUUAAUUUUUGAAGAACAAUGAG